AUGCGCUCCUCUCUUCUCGCCUUCACCCUCGCCCUGGGCUCCCUCGUCGCCGCCGACAGUAUCGACCAUGACAAAGUCGUCGGGUUCGAGGAGACCAUCCCUACCGGCACAACCGGCGACGUGUAUCAGGCCUACCAGCCCUAUCUGAAGGUGGUGAACGGGUGCGUGCCGUUCCCGGCUGUCGACGCCAGCGGAAACACCAACGCCGGGCUGAACCCCUCCGGCGCGCCCUCCGCCGACUGCGCCUCCAGCACGGGGCAGGUCUACGUGCGCUCGGGCGCGUCCUCGUCCGGCGACGCCCACGCCCUGCUCUACGCCUGGUACUUCCCCAAGGACUCGCCGAGCACGGGGCUCGGACACCGUCACGACUGGGAGGGAGUGAUUGUGUGGCUGUCUGAUGCUGAGGGGACUUCCGCGGACAAUGUGAUUGCCGUGUGUCCGUCUGCUCAUGGAGGCUGGGACUGCUCGACGGAUGGGUACAGCUUGCAAGGCACCCGGCCGCUGAUCAAGUAUGAGAGUGUCUGGCCGGUGAAUCACCAGUGCGGGCUGACGAGCACCGUCGGGGGUGAGCAGCCGCUGGUGGCGUGGGAAAGUUUGUCGGAGGUGGUGCAGGCGGCGUUGGAGGAUACGGACUUUGGGGAUGCGAAUGUGCCGUUUAAGGAUGCGAAUUUUGAGAAUAAUCUGGGGAAGGCGACGUAUUAG